CUAGACAUCUUGCCAUCAUCAUCAUUAUCACCAACUUACCUCAACAACAACAGUUGCAUUUGAUUAUAAAUACAGCUUCUCUUCAUUUAUUUUUUUCUCUAGUUGUGUUCUUAUUAUUAUAUGAAAAGGAAGAUGAAUGUCUUUUCUAUUAGGAGAGGAUGAGAGCGGGAGGGAAUUAUGCGAAUCCUUUGCGACGCUUGUGAAAUUGCUGCUGCUAUUGUCUUUUGUGCUGCCGAUGAGGCUGCUCUUUGAUGUGCCUGUGAUGAAAAGGUCCAUAUGUGCAAUAAGCUUGCUAGCCGGCUCAUCCGGGUCGGUCUGGCAAAUCCCACUGCCGUUCCUCGCUGCGACAUAUGUGAAAAUACACCUGCAUUUUUUUACUGUGAAAUAGAUGGAACUUCCCUAUGUUUGCAAUGUGAUAUGAUUGUACAUGUUGGAGGUAAAAGGACCCAUGGAAGAUAUCUUCUAUUAAGGCAGAGAGUUGAGUUUCCAGGGGAUAAACCUGGUAACAUAGGGAAUCCAACUUCACAAAGAUGCCAAAAUCAAGCAGCAGUAGAGAACCAACAAAAUGACAAGGCUUCUCUUGUUCAAGGGAUAAAUGCUGAUGCUGAUGGACAUCUUGAAAUGGAUACUGAAAUGAUAGAUUUGAAUAUGAAGCCUCAUAGAAUACAUGAGCAAGCCUCUAACAAUUAGGAACAAUAACUCAGUGUUGUCGGCAGCGGAGACGAUGAUAAGGCCUCAUUUUAUAUGUUUGUUCACAGCACCAUAGCUGCUCAACUUAUCAUCUCCUAGCAUAGUU